AUGCAACUGUCUGAAAUCUUCCGAAGUUCGUGGUAUUUAUUCAGUUUCUUUGUGUCAUGUUAUGGCAGCCUUAAUCCGGGCUUUUCUCAACUUCAGCAUGGACACAGGCUUGACAGGAAACUAAUCCAAUCCUUCACAGAAGUAAGUUUCCUUGACUGUGUGACGGAAUGUAUAGUGACACCUCGGUGUAAAUCUGUUAAUUAUUUUAAAGGGGCUAAUUUCUGUAAAAUCAGUUACGAAAAUAAAACGACAGCAGAAACUAAGUACGUGGACAAUGCUGGAUGGGUGUACAGUGAAAAGGAGCACUGGCCAAAGGAUCUGGCUGGAGCUUGUUUAAACUCAAACUGUAAAGUCAACGAGAAAUGUACACACAAGAGAUAUUCUGAAAAUGCAUUCUUUAAAUGUGUUUUGUCAGAUUGUGGAAUUCCCGAUAUCAAAGGAAUAGAUUUGAGUACAGCAAAACGUGAGGACGCCAUUGGUAUACACAGAAGAAUACACACCUCUUGUUCUGAUGGAUACUCCCAGUCUGGUUCGGGACGACUGAUCUGUCAGUCAAACGGAGAGUGGAAAUACGACAUUGUCUGCAAAGAAACUACUUCCAACCUUGCAUUGAAUAAACCUGCAACACAAUCAUCAACGUUUACAGGGCCAGAAAAUAUUCUGAACUUCUCUGCCAAUUUGGCAGUUGAUGGUAACAACGGUACAGACUUUGCCGUAGACAAGUGUUCAUGCACAGAGGGUGGAGACACAAAUCCGUGGUGGUUGGUGGAUCUGCAGGCUGUGUAUUUCAUCACAUCUGUCAGAAUAUUCAAUAGAGGAAUGGACAAGUGGGGACUAGAUGUGUCAGACCGGCUGCGGAAUGUUACCGUCACUGAAGGGCUGACAGAGUCAGAUGUCAACACUCCCUGUGGUUUCUUUGCUGGUCCCGGUACUUUGUCACAGCUGGUCGUCAUCGACUGUCCGACAUUACCACAGGGGAGAUUCGUAAAGAUCUCCAUGAUAACUGAGUAUCUCACUCUUUGUGAAGUUGAAGUGUUUGGAUACUCUGUCUAAUUAUAAUUGCCGAUGUCUUUUAUCUAAAUGAUUCUCUUUCCAACCAAUCCAUUACUGUGUAUUCCUAAAUAAACGCAAGCUCUUCUCGCAGAUUUUAAAUCUCGUUUGCUUUAUAUGGGAGUUGAGUACU